UGGCGUAGCGAGCGUCCGGUGUCAGCGAACUGAGUGGGAACGGUUCCUCUUUUCUUGAUAUAAUCACGUGGCAAGGACAAUAAUGUCGAGACUGGAAAACGAGUUCUUGGAUUAUGAUUCCGCUAAGAUAUGGAACGAAGUGUACCAGAGAGUGAAAAACGAAGCAUCUUUAAAGACACUUGACAACAAAUUUGGAGUGACAGAAGCAAGGAAGCCAGAAAACAAACAUAAAAACAGAUACAGAGAUGUCAGCCCAUAUGACCACAGUCGAGUUGUGCUGAGCCAGGGUGACACAGACUACAUCAAUGCUAACUACAUUCAAGUGACAGAGGCCAGAAGGAAAUACAUACUUACUCAGGGCCCCUUGGAUCACACAACUCCACAGUUCUGGCAGAUGAUAUGGGAACAGAAGAGUAAAGCUAUUGUCAUGCUCAACAGAAUCAUCGAGAAAGGGACUCUCAAGUGCCACCAAUACUGGCCCCUUGGAUCUCACCAGGGCUAUGAAGAUGAGAUGGUAUUUGAUGAAGUAGAACUGAAGGUGAUUCUAAAUGGAGAACAGGAAGGAGCUCACUACACUGUUCGGUCCUUCUACCUAGAAGAUAUGCAGUCAGGGGAAAGACGAGAGGUGUUACACUUUCACUACACAACAUGGCCUGACUUCUGUGUCCCUGCAUCCCCAACUUCCUUCCUCAGUUUCCUGUUUGCAGUGCGAGAAGCUGGAGCCCUCAACACUGAAGUGGGGCCUGCAGUGAUACACUGUAGUGCUGGAAUAGGGAGAUCAGGAACCUUCUGUCUGGUUGAUUCAUGCCUUGUACUGAUCGAGAAGAAUCAAGACCUGGAUUGUGUAGAUGUUAGGGGGAUGCUGAUUGAAAUGCGGUCAUACCGCAUGGGACUGAUACAGACACCAGAUCAGCUUCGCUUCUCCUAUCUGGCUAUUAUAGAAGGAGGGAAGCAUCUACUCAACAUGUCAGAUGCCAACUCCAAUGUCAGAGACUCACGACAUGGGCAAUUUUCGUCCUCCCCCACCCCCAGAGCGCGCACUACCAGUCUGUCACCUAAGAGGGGUGUCUAUGAUUCUCCACCACCAUUACCUCCCAAACUGAGAAGAAUGAAUGACGAGGAUGAGGAAGAUAUUGAUGCUGAACUGGAUAAGCUGAUAGAUGAUGAUGAUGGUGAUGAUGAUGAUGAGGAGGAGGAAGAUGAAGAUGACUUUAUGGACAUGACAGGCACCACAAGACUCUUGUGUAACUCAGCACCUGACAAAGAACAAGAAAGUGCAUAUGAAGUGAGGAAGAGAAUACGUGAAGAAAGAAAGAAACAUACUCAAGAGAAGAUCAAGGAUAUGAAAGAACGGCAGAAAAAUAGUGAAGCUUGGAAGAAACGCAAGAGCUACCUACAGCCAAUAUGUUUAGGCCUGGGCUUGCUGCUAGGGAGCUACCUACUUUACAAGUAUUACUGGAGAUACUGAGGGGUAAUGACUCCCCCCAGCUGACACAUAAAAUGCCUACUGUAUAUAACAUAGUCUUAGGGAGAGACUCAGAGAGCAAUUGAGACAGCAACUGCCCAGUAGUGUCAACUGACCACAACACAGAAAUCAGGCACAUGUCAAGCAGCUGGGAUGUUACAGAAUACAGUUUUGGCCAGCCACAUUGGUGGUUCUGCAGGCCAGCUGGAGGGUGCUGCUGCUGCUGCUGCACAUGAUGUAAGGGACAGUUGGUACCUCUAUGACCUGCCAAGCCAUGGUCAGUGUGGACUCAUCAUAUCUCAUAAUAUUGUCAUUUAAAGGCAGCUGAUUGUACCUUUACUGGACCGAGUGUGAAAUAUAUCCAAUGUACUCUGUUACUGUAGCUACAUGAUGAAACACUAUUCUUAGAUGUUCACAGCUGGCAGAGUAUAUGACAUGCUUUCCUUAGCCAUAAUUACUCAUAAUGUUGACACUAGUCAAAGGAGAAGAAUAACAACUUAUUUAUGAAAAUAACACUUUUGAAUGUAAGUUUAAGAAUGUACUUUGUAGAUUAAUAAUCACAGUACUGGUAAAUGAAACACUUGCCACAUUCCUUCCUUCCCCAUGUUUACUCCACAUACUCUUCAACACUCCAGGUAGAGAUUGGUGUGGCUGGAAAUUAGGCAUGUUCAGUGUGUCCAAACGUAUCAUUCAGUAUAAUCAUGGUAGUAGGACCAUAUGAAGAACCUCAUUCAAUAUUCUGAAGAGUCUUUGGUUACAUUAGUUAAAUACUUUGUCUCAUGGAAGUAAGUUACUGUGAUUCAGUGGAGAACAUUUUGCUUUGUGUUAAGCUUUGAUCUUCGGAGUUGUUUGACACUAUUAGUGAUAACAGGUGAAUUAAAUAGUAGAGAUACUUGUCAUAAUGAAAUUACUUACUUCUAUAUCUGCUUCUUAUGUACAUACCAACAAUUGUAAAUAAGUGCAGGCUCCAUGAAUAGACAAACAAACUCAAAAUGUCACUGUUUUGCAUAUGGGAGAAAGGAAACUGUUCAUUAUUGUUAUGAAUUUUAUAUUUUAUAAUGUUGAUAUCAAGCUGCUCUUGAAUGUGAUUGUAUUGCAUUUACAUGGCUCAAUGCCUUAUGUCCAGGGCAGUUUGUUUGUGUUUUAUGUUCAGUUGGCCUUCUUAUUGUCUGAGCAACAUCUCACAUUAGUACUCCACAUCAAGUUGAGAUUUAUAGAACGUGUAGUGUAUUCUACCAUAUGCAAUAUCUUGAUAGUCACUGUGACUUCAAAUCAUGACUGGACAUAGCUGAAAAUGUUGUCUUAUCUUAUGGUUGUGGAGUUAUUCUGAAAGUGUCUGAAUUACCAGAAAGAGAAUUUUCCAUGAAAUUUGUUUUACCCAAGAUUGUUUUCAUUACUCACAUUAAUUUUCAGUAAAUACUAACAGCAUUCUCAAUAGACAAUAUUUGUCAUACACAUAAAGCCAGUGUUAUGCUGGGAGGAUGCCCAGCUUAUUCAUGGACAAGCUCCAUUCACUCAGAAUUUGCUAAUUCAAAGGAUGAACAACAAUGUUCAAUUUGGAUGAUUUUGUAUACACUAUUAACACACUUUUGUCUAAUUUGCAGUUAUACUCAUAAGUUACAAAUUUCUGACAGGGGUGGUGAAAUCAUUUAGGAUUGUUAGUAUAUUGUGGCCCUCAAAUGUACACACCACUCAUAGCAGUCCUGAGUGUGAUCUCAUUUCAAUCAUAAUGACAUCAAUAUGUUGUAUAAGGUAUCUUUUGUUUUUAACAAGGCAAUGAGUGGCCAUUGAUAGUUUGCUUUGUAUCUACAGGGAUUUACAUGGACUCCUGCAUUUGAGUGUCCCUUGGACUCAUACUCUUAAUUAUCAGGGUUCCUGGACAACAAAAUGUGUGUCCCAGA